ACAUUCAUGCUUCCAAAUUUAUUUUUCAUUUUUACCUAACUCCUACAAGGGUUUUUAACUUACUCAUUCUCCAUCAAGAUUAGGGUUUCAAAUUUCAAGAAACAUGCUUACUAACUCACUUAUUACCCUGCUAAUUAACUAAUUAAUUUAAUUAAUCACAGGAACAACAACAACGGCUUCAUUUCAUCGUACCCACAAUACAGCUCUCCCAUGCCUCCAGAUUUGAGCUUCUACAGUUGGUCGAAUAACGAACAUACUUUCGUACAAGGUAACAACAAUUUGCAAAAUCCGAGGAAUAAUAAUAUCAAGGAAGAAGAUCACCUCUCGUCGGAACAUUACUACCGUAACUACGUCGACAUUUUGAGCAGCACCGCUUCACCUAACAAUAAUUCUUCGAGGAAUAAUAACAACACCGCAACCGACGAGCAGUCGAAUGACUAUCUCGGCACUAAGCUCUUGCUCAAAUCUUUCUCGUCCGGUAAUCUCAUGACCAAGAAUCCGAUUUCGCCUCCCGAUUUUUAUUAUAACAACAACGGUGGUGGUGGUGGUGCGAGCAUAAACGGAAGAGGGUUGUUCUGCAGCAGCCAGAUUUUUCCGAGCGUGAACGUCUCGAGUUUGAGUAGUAAUCAAAACUUUACGAAUCCGACCUCUUUGGAUAUGAAUUUAGAGGCCUUGGAUCUUCUCACUUCUUCGAGAUUUAGCGGCGAAUUCGGCGGCGCGUCUUCACAGAAUCAAAAUCAGAAUGGAGGAUUUUCUUAUGGAUUUGAUCAUCAUCAUAUGCAGCAGCAAGUUCAUCAAACGACGACGCCGUUUUAUUCCACUAGUAAGGUAUCAUCAGGUUCGAGUAAUGGAGCGGUGGAAGCGAAACGAAGCGGUAGCAGAAUAGAGCCUAAGGCACCAAACGCACCGAAAAAGUCGCGUUUAGAAGCACGCGCUUCUUGCCCACCUUUUAAGGUGAGAAAAGAGAAAUUGGGAGAUAGAAUUGCUGCACUUCAACAGUUAGUAGCACCUUUCGGAAAGACAGAUACAGCGUCCGUACUUAUGGAGGCCAUUGGAUACAUCAAAUUCCUUCAAAGCCAAGUAGAGACUCUAAGCGUCCCUUACAUGAAAUCGUCACGUAACAAGUCCAGUCGAGUAUUGAAAGUGGGUGUACCAAUGGAGAACGAGAACGAAGAGCAAAGGCGCGAUUUGAAAAGCCGAGGACUAUGUUUGGUUCCGUUGUCGUGCUUGUCGUACAUGACUGAUGGCGAUGGUGGCGCAGCUGUAUGGCCGCCGCCUCACUUUGGUGGCGGCGCCACCUAGUUAUAUAUAUAUAUCUAUUUGAUCAAUGACAUUAAAUUUUUAACUUAGCCUUGAGAAUUUGUUUCUCUCUCUAUAAGCUUUUUAAUUUAUUUGAGUGGAGCAAACUUGGUCAUCCUAAAAAAAGGAGAAGGGUAAAAUGAAUUUUGGGAUGGACCAAGUUUGAUCCAUUUUUUUAUUUUAUUUUAAGUGAUAUUUGACUCGAGUGUGAUUUUUUUUCCCUAGUUUCAUGUUAAUUAGUACUUUAUGUUGCGGUUAAGCUAAUUUAAUUUUGUAUUUUAAUUA